ACAGACAAACGGAGGAAAUCGAAGGAAAGGAUUUGCUUUGUUGAACAAUAGACGCCGGAGCGAAGAUGACAAAGCGGCGGAGCGACGGGGGAACUGAGAGAACGGAAGAAUCGGUGACUAGUGCUAGCUGCAGCGGCGGCGGUGGAGAAGGAGGAGGAGGAGAGGAGUUGUUGAAAAGGUUGAGGGUGGAAGAAGACGGAGAGGUUGGGAGCGCGAGCGAGGGAGUUUGUGGUCGGAGGAGCAGUGAUUCGGCGGUGGGAUGGGAGAAGUUGUCGCCGAUGGCUCUGAGAGUUUUGCUGGUGGAGGCCGAUGAUUCGACUAGACAGAUCAUCUCCGCUCUUCUCAGGAAAUGUGGUUACAGAGUUUCUGCAGUUACAAAUGGGUUAAAAGCGUGGGAGGUACUGAAAGGGAAGCCAGAUGAGAUAGACCUAAUUUUGACUGAAGUCGAUCUGCCUUCUGUAUCGGGAUAUGCUCUCCUUUCGCUUAUCAUGGAUCAUGAGAUAUGCAAGAACAUUCCUGUUAUCAUGAUGUCGACGGAGGAUUCGAUUCGGACGGCUUACAAAUGCAUGUUGAAAGGUGCAGCUGACUAUCUGAUCAAGCCUAUAAGGAGAAAUGAACUUGGGAAUUUGUGGCAGCAUGUGUGGAGAAGACAAAAGUCUCUUGGGAGAGAGAUUGGCAUGGAGGAUAAAGAUGCCGUCCAAGAUAAGCUAGAGCCUGCUUGUGAAAAUAAUGCUUCGAGUAAAUGUUCUAGUGGUGAUGGAGGGUUUUCUCAGAGAAACAAGGAGUGUGCUGAGAUGGGCAGUGAUACACAGAGUUCCUGCAUGGUGCUGGAUGCAGAUGCUGUGGGUUCUGAAAAUGUGGACAAGCCUGGUAAAGCAUCUGCUGCAUGUAAGAAUGUUGAUGGAAUGACUCUGGACAAUGACGAAGUAAAUGUAGAUAUGGAUUCCAAGGCAUCCGAUAAAAAUAAUGCUAAUUCUACGGGCGAAGCAAUUGAUUUCAUGAGUGAAGCUCCACUUCACAUAUAUUCAUCGAAAAUGAAAAGUGAGUUCGAUUCAUAUGGGCACUUGGAUCUCUCCUUAAGAAGUUCUUUUCGAGGUGGAUUUGAGAUUGAGCCUGCAGAAGGGAAAAACAGUCUUAGGCAUUCUAGUGCUUCAUCCUUCACACGCUAUACUGGCAAGCAAUUGUACCUCCAACACUCAGAAUCUGCGAUUGUAUCCAACCCGAAAGAACUUCCAGCUGAUUCAGAGCGAAACAUUUCCGGUGUUACUGAUACUGGUGGUCCAUCACCUGGGAGCAUCUCUCCUGUUCUAAACAAAGAAUCUGAAACGGAAGAUGCAAGUCAUCAACUGAAUGUACUUCGAACUCAAGAUCUAGUUAGUGGAAUGAGGACAGAUGACAUAAGAAACUCUGGCUCGAGCUCCAUGUUUACUCCAUUUCAAUCUGAACAAUCAGUAGAUGCAUCGCCACCACCAAAUCCUUGUUCACCAAACUUUCUAGAAGCCUCUAUUAAGUCGAGUGACUCAACCAAUGAAACACCGGCACAUCAGGACAAGAGGUCAGAGUGUUCAGAGGAGGAUCAGGCCCAUCAGGGGCAUGUCUCUACUCCUGUAGGUGAUCGGAGUUCGAGUAGCAGUCUGUGCAAUGGUGGUGCGAGCCAUAACAACAGCGUGGGGGGCUAUGGAAGCAAUUGUGGAAGUAACAGUGAUGUGGAACAAGGUGCCAUGAUCAAGGUUGAAACGGAGAGCAACAAAAAUGAAGGUGGAGGAGCAGGUUCCUUCUCAAAUGUCAAAAGCUCUACUAGAUCGGUCCAAAGAGAAGCCGCUCUAGCCAAAUUCCGGCUGAAACGCAAAGAAAGAUGCUUUGACAAAAAGGUUCGAUAUGAGAAUAGAAAGAUGCUUGCUGACAAGCGUCCGAGGGUGAAAGGGCAGUUUGUUCGUCAAGUCCCAGCUGCAGCCCCUCGUUUAGAAGUCGAAGUCGAGCAAUAGUUAUCGCCACUGUAACUUGGUACAUCAUGCAUUUAGCUAUUCGAUUUGGUUUUUGGUCCAGCUACUGAUUCUUAUUAGGCGGGUUGGCUAGUGUGGAAACAAGAACCUCUUUAGAUAGAUAUCUAUGGUAUACACCUUAUUUAGACAUACGACCAAGCCUUUCCUUUCCUUUCCGCUUAAGGCCGGUUGGUUUGUAGAUCGGGUUCUUUAGUUUGUUUAGGAAACAGCGGCAUGUAUGUUGUAAUUCAUCAUUGUUGAGAUCUGUUCAAAACCUGUCUGCAGAUUUUCCUCACCAGAGUAGGGCGGUUUUUCGCCGGUGUGUGCAGUUUGUUUGCUGGUUUCUCUUCUUCUCUAGAACAAGGCCUGUGUGCAGCUGCAAUAGCUUGAUUUCUGCUUGUACUGUUUGGACUUGUGAUUAUGACUUGGUUGGACCGUUGAUAAUGAUGAUAUUAUUGCUACAUUACGUGAUUGCCAAACGGGCCCUUACUGAAUAGAACUUCUCCAGG